AUGGGAACGAUAGGAAGGGAAAAGAAGGAAAAAAAAAUAAGUGGAUGUGAGCGGUGGCUAGUUACAGCAUUACUUGGACGCUGUCUGUGCCCUUGCUCGUUCGAAGCGUCAAAGAAGAAGAACAGAAAGUGGAGGGGUAAAACAAAAAGGUUUGUAUUGUUCAGCACACCCGGGUACUUUAGCACUCGGACGCCAUCCGCGCUGUUGCUUCCCCGCUCCACUUCAGUCGCCAGUGACAGCGGCAUCCCCGAGCAAGAGACUCCACCACACCACCAGAACUACGAGCAGCAGCACUUGCCCGCCAUCGCAGCAUCGCAGCAGACAACCACAGACGACGCAAUCUACGCAUACCUCAUGUCCGCCCACGGACACUACUACAGCGGCGGGGGCAGAGACAGCGGGGGAGGAGGAGGAGGGGGCGGCGGGGGAGGGGGUGGAGGGAGUGGAGGACAGCCCUCGCAGUCCCCGUUCUAUUCUUCCCAGGGCCCCCCGCAGCACCACGGGUACGCCCCAAAUACGGCCGCCUCGCCAGUAUCAAACUACUCAAACUCGCCGCCCCAGCAGCAGCCUCCCCCCAUCCGCUCACACACGGCAGCCCCGUACAGCUCUGGCGGGUAUGCCCCCCCGUCAAACACAGCUCCAGGCGGUGGGUACUACGGCCAGCCCCCAUCCCACCCCCCGCAGGCCUCGGGACCACCCCAGUCGUCGCAGGGCCCGUAUCGGACCCAGCAGGGAGGGAACCGUCCUGACCGUCACGAUUUCUCGCCCUCCCAGCAGUCGCAGCCUCCACCCCGCUCCGACUACGGCCCUCCUGUUUCAGCGGGGGGAUACUCUCCAGACCUGCCCCACAUAAUCGCAAACACGCACGGCCUCCCCCCUGAUGUCGUGCAGCGCCUGGCAGAGGAUCUCAUGCGCAGCAUCCAGCUCGGACAAGCAGGAGGACCAGGAGGAGGAGGAGGAGGAGGAGCAGGCGGGGGAGGAGGAGGAGGAGUUGCACCGGCGGGCGCAGCCCCGUUGCUCACGCAGCCGGUCGCCCCCCACGGCCAGCAGCAGCAGCGCCAAGGCUCCCCCGCUGUCGCGACAAUCCCUGCCCCGCCGCCACCACAGCCACAGGGCGGUCACGGCGGUCACGGGCCGCACCAGCCACAACACUACGGCAUGCCGCCGGUGCCAGGGCCCUUCCCUGGCUAUGGCUCCUCGGCACACGGCCCGGGGGGCCAGGAGACGGCGCCCGCGCCUGGCCCGCCGCCGCCGCACCACGGCCAGAAGAUGAGCCACGGCCAGCAGUACGGGGCGCCGCCGGGCCAGGCCAGCUACUUCCCGCCGCAGCCGGCGCCAAUCGGGGCCUCGGGGCCGCCGCACAUGUCGCCAAAGGGACCGCCAGCUAUGGCUCUGAGGGAUGAGAAUCUGGGCAGGAAACCGUCACACAGACAGUCAAAGUCGAAUGCAACAUCGUCUGUAUACGGGCCAACACCAGGGACAUCGACGUCCUCCACGGCGUCAGGGAAGCCAAAGAUGGGCAUGGACGACGGGGCCAUCUUCUACGAGUUGUGGGGAGACCUUGUCGACAAAGAGCCUGGGAGGGAGCCUCGGCCAAAGGAAAAGCUGGUCACCCUGCUGAGGGAGACUGCAAACUACAUGAUCAAGGAGCGCCCGGUCAAGGAGAGCAUCGUCAUCACGCCCGAGAAGAUGGUCGACUUCUACACCUCCAACGCCGUCGAGAAGGAGCCCCUCGACUGGAAGCUCUUCUUCACCGGCCGCACCCUGGCCUCGCUGUCGUCAAUCUACCGCGCGCUCAACUGCGAGCACUUCUACAUGCCCCCUGCGUCGGACCAGAAGCCGUGCAUCCCGGCACUCACCCCGCGCGGGUUCGAGACCUGGAUGUUUACGCAGCUGAUGUCCGACCCCAACCGCGAGUCGCAGCGUCUGCAGAAGGUGGUUGCAAACUGGCAGGUGAUCAACCCCAAGACCGGCCAUCCGUUCCCAAAGUCGAUCCCCAGACGGUGCUUCCCGGACAAGGAGGACGCCAUCAUCUCCGAUGGCUGGUGGAGGGUGUGGGAGGAGUUCCCGCGCGACUACAGCGAAGACUCGGAGGACGAGACCCUUGCCCUGCCCGCGCCAGGAGGAGGCCACCACCGCUAUCCGCCGCGAGAGCAGAUGACGCCCCCCGAGGCCAUGGAGGGCCCGUUUGUGCCCCCGGGCCCGCCCCACAGAGGCGGCGGCGGCAAGAAGAUCCCCAUGACCAUGCCCAUGUCCUAUCCUCCGGACGACGACGAGGACGACCGCCGCCACGGCCCGCCCAAGAGCAAGUCCAAGACCCCCCGCAAGCCCGACCCACACUGGCGCGAGUCUGAACUCAACCCCCGCCCCAUCCUCGGCGAGGAGGCCCGCGCGGCACCGCCAACCCGCCCCCACACAUCCCACGGACACCACCCCAGCGUCGACAGCGCCGAGAAGUCACGCCCCUCACGCCAGCGUGACCGCUCCGAAUACCGCCAUCGCCGGCAUCAGUCCCGCCACCAGUCCCGCCACAGGCGCGGAGAGAGAUCCCCAAGCCCUGACGAAGGCGACUGGUCGGGGUCCUCCGGCAUCUCCGCCCGCACGCCUGGCAGCGGCGACGGCCCACCGCUCGAUGCACCUGCACCACCGCCCGCAGGCGGCAGCAAGAGGGCCGAGGAAGUCGCGCGCGAGCAGCGGGAGGCAAUGAGGCGCUUCGAGGCGCAGAACGCGCGCAGCAGACAAUACGACGAAUCGUACCCGGAUGACUUCGAGGAGGACUACCGCCCACGAGACCGUGAUAGGGAGAGAGAUGAUCGUCGCGUCGCCGAGUACGCUUACCAGGAUGAGUUCGAGCGCGAUGUGCGACGGACAUCUACCGGGGGCGCGGCGGCGGCGCCCGCGCCCGGCAGCGACGGUGGCAGGAGGAGUCAUCAUGGUGGUGGGCGGAGGGAGGGCCCCGGUGGCUUCUAUAGGUGA